AUUCUGUCCUACUCGCUGGCUCGCCCCGCCCGCGAGAGCCUGUUCACGGUUGUGAGCCGGGAGGAGAAGUACAAGGCCAAGAUCUUCCUGGACACAGUGGUGCAGAGGAUAGGCGACACGCUCGCGGCGGCGGCCUUCCAGGCGCUGGUGCCGGCGCUGGGGUUUGGGCCCUCCGGCAUGGCGGCAGCCUGCGUGCCGGUGUGCGCGCUGUGGGCGGCGGUGGCCUACCGGCUGGGCCGGCGGCAGCAGAAGCUGGCG